GUGUGUGUUUGUGUGUGUUUGUGUGUGUGUAUAAAAGCGUCGACCCCUCCUAGAGCGCCCCGCUGUUCGCCUGGUCACCAGCAGCUCUCCACGCUGUAAGGAGAGCGAGCGCGCGUGCGAGAGAGCAAGCAGGCGCGUGCGUGUAUGUGUGUGUGAAUGUGAGGGUGUGUGAGGAUGGCAACGCUCGUGGCAUCAGCCGACACCGCAGAGUCCUUCUGCGCGGACAGCGGCACCAGAGCCGGCAACAUGGCAUCGCCCACCGCCGCCUCGGCGCACCACUUCGACGACGGCAGGUUUUACCUGUUGGUGGUCGUCGGGGAGCUGGUCACGGCCGAACAUCUGAAGUGUGCCAUUGCGGACAUAGAGAAAGGAAUUCGUUCAUGGGACACGAAUCUCAUCGACUGCAACCUGGACCAGGAGCUGAAGCUUUUCGUUUCUCGACACUCUGCCAGGUUUUCUGCUGAUGUGCGAGGACAGAAGAUUCUGCACCACAAAAGCAGUGUACUGGAGACUGUUGUACUGAUCAACCCUUCAGAUGAGGCUGUUAGCACUGAGGUUCGCUUGAUGAUUUCAGAUGCAGCCCGCCACAAGCUGCUCGUUCUGGCAGGACAGUGUUUUGAAAACACUGGCGAACUCAUUCUCCAGUCUGGUUCCUUCUCCUUUUUCAACUUCAUUGACAUUUUCACAGACCAAGAGAUUGGGGAACUUUUAAGCACCAUACAUCCCGCCAACAAAGCCAGCCUAACCCUUUUCUGUCCUGAGCAUGGUGACUGGAAAAAUUCAAACCUUGACAAACACAGCCUGCAAGACUUCAUUAAUAUUAAGCUAAACUCUCCAAGCAUCCUACCAGAAAUGGAAGGCCUCUCUGAGUUCACAGAAUACCUCUCAGAAUCGGUGGAAAUCCCAUCUCCCUUUGAUAUGCUUGAACCUCCUACUUCGGGUGGUUUCCUGAAGUUGUCUAAACCAUGCUGCUACAUUUUCCCAGGUGGCCGAGGUGAUUCAGCACUUUUUGCUGUUAAUGGCUUCAACAUGCUUGUCAAUGGUGGAUCUAACAGGAAAUCCUGUUUUUGGAAGUUGGUGCGCCAUCUAGACCGGGUAGAUUCUAUCCUCUUGACUCACAUUGGAGAUGACAACCUUCCAGGGAUUAACAGCAUGCUGCAAAGAAAGAUUGCAGAACUGGAGGAAGAACAAUCCCAGGGAUCCACCGCCAAUAGUGACUGGAUGAAGAACAUGAUCUCACCUGACCUUGGUGUUGUGUUCUUGAACCUGCCUGAGGCUCUUGAGAAACCAGAAUCAAACCACAGGGUACGAAGAAACCUUGAAGAAGCUGCACUCACUCAGCAGUAUCUCAGCAAGCUCUCUUUGAAACCAGAACCUCUACAAAGGAAUGUAGGCAAUACAAUUGAACCUGUCAUACUGUUCCAAAAAAUGGGAGUUGGUAAGCUUGAAAUGUAUGUUCUCAACCCUUCAAAGAACAGCAAAGAGCUGCAGUACUUUAUGAAGCAGUGGACUGGUAGUGAGAAGGACAAGGCACCAAUUAUGUUACCAAAUGGAAAUGAAUCCGAGCUCCCAAUCUCAUAUUUGUCCUCAAUCUCAUCUCUGAUUGUAUGGCAUCCUUCUAACCCUUCAGAGAAAAUAGUACGUGUUCUGUUUCCAGGUAAUGCCACACAAUAUAACAUUCUUGAGGGCUUGGAGAAAUUGAAACACUUAGAUUUCCUAAAGCAUCCUGUAGUCACAGAGAAAGACCUGUCUUCAAACAUGGCACCAGCUCUCAAGCAAGCAAAGCUGAAGCAUAAGACAGAUAGCAAAGAGAGUCUGAAGUCACUCCCAAAAGCAUCUCCAAGCAAAGCCAUCAGAAAGGAGUCAAAAGAAGAAACUCCUGAAAAGGCAAAAAUUGAUGCUGAAGGAACUCCAGAACCAUCGCUGAAAGUUGAAAAGAAAGAAAAACCACACAUCAAGCGACAAGCAAAAACUGUAGAAAAGGAGACAAAGGCUAAAUCUGAACAAACAUCAAAAACUGAUACACCGGAAAAAAAGAAAGCAGAUAUAAAACCAAAAAUUACAGCCAAAGAAAAAUUAAUCAAGAAGGAGACAAAGAAAGUUGUGGAAAAGAGUGAAGUUGACAAAAAGAAGGUGAAAAAAGAUGACAAACCAUCAACUAAAAAAGAGGAAAAGGUCAAAAAUGAGGAGAAGCCAAAGAAAGAAGACAUCAAGAAGGAGGUAAAAAAGCGGGACAUUAGAAAAGACUCACCAUUGAAGGAGAGCAGGAAAGAGGAAAAGAAAGAAAUUAAAAGGGAUGAAAAGGAUCUUAAAAAAGACUCAAAAAAACCUGCAGGUUUAAAGAAGAAUGUUUCUGGCACAGGUGAAGUGAAAAAGCCUGCACCAAAACCAAAGGUGGCAACACAAGGAAAAGCCCAAAGCAGCCCUGCUAAAUCUAAAGAAAAAGCUAAGCCCACUAAAAAAGAUGCUGGAAAAUCUGUUGCUGCUGCUGCAUCUACAGCUGUUCCAAUUGUGGCAGCUACUGUAGCUAGCGCUACUGCUUUGGAGGCUGAAAGAUCCCUCAUGUCCUCUCCAGAAGACCUUACCAAAGACUUCGAGGCUCUGAAAGCUGAGGAGAUAGUUGAAGAUGAUGAAACUUUACCUCAGACCAAAAUAGAAGAGGAACAAGGAGUAAUGAUACAACAGGAAGAAAUCACCAUUUGCAAGGACUCUCCAGAAACAGCAGAAUCUGUGGAUGAGGGAAUAACAACUACAGAAGCUGAGGAGGAAUGUGGAGGUACCCCAGAGGAGUCAGAACCUAAACAAAAAACUAUUGUCACUAAUGGUACAGAGAAAUUUGAAGAUGAGGGCACAGGACUUGAAGAGUCAUCUGAGAUGGGAGAUUAUGAUGAAAAGGGAGAUACAGAGGAAGUGGAUGAACAGGAACAAGGAACAUAUGCUACUAUUCAAGUGAAGGCAGAAGAUGUGGCAGAAGAAACUGUGGAGGAUGAGUGCAUCGGGGCAGCAGAAACCAAACAACUUGACAAAGAAACUGAGAGACAGAGUAUUUCUGUGACCACUCCUCCAAAACUCGCUUCUCCAGUCUCACCAGCAAAUUCAAUUCAUGAUGAAACUCUGCCAGUAGGCUCAGAAAGUGAGGUGGCUUCAGAUGAUGAGAAUCGAGAUGAGCCUCCUGAGGAAUACACUAUAUCUGGGCACACACAGUCUACAAUCGAGAUCUCAAGUGUACCAACUCCCAUGGAUGAAAUGUCAACUCCAAGGGAUGUAAUGAGCGAUGAGACUACAAAUGAAGAAACUGAGUCUCCUUCUCAAGACUUUGUCAAGUAUGGGAUCUCAGGCGACUAUGAUCGAAAGAAACUCUCGCCUCUCCAAGAUGUUCCUGAGUUAGAUCAUUCAAAGAGUGAUGCAACAGAGGGUCAUGAUUACCAUGCUUCAGCUUCUACAAUUUCACCACCAUCUUCACUGGAGGAAGACAAAUCUUGCAAGGAUUUUUACAGUACAACCGGAUUCUCUUUGGACUCAGAGAGGCUUCCUGCUGCAUCUACCACCUUGCCCCUUGUGCGAUCACCCUCUGGCGACCAUAAUAUAGGCAUGGAACACAUUCAUACAGGUAUUUCAUCACCAAUUGAACUGGGCACUACACUUACAUUGUCAUCAAAAGGGGUCAUGGAUUCUACAAACAGUCCAGAUGAUAAAACAUUAGAGGGCACUUCUUCACCUCAGUCUUUGGGGCAUACACCUUACUAUCAGUCUCCAGUGGAAGAGAAGGCUGGAGCUAUACUCCUUGAAGAAGUCACUAACCAAGGUCCCAUUAUUGUUGAAGUAACAAGUGACAAAGACUAUUCUCCCAGAGAAGCUAGUCCUAUUGAUGAAGCUGUACCAAUAUCACCAGCAGAAAAAGUUCCAUCCCCAGAAUGUAGUCCAGCAUCCUGUGGCAGUACCUCCUCAGUGCUUGAAGAAAAGCCACACUUUGAUAAUCAAUCUGUUAGUAAAAUUAGCCAUGAUGAUAAGAAGCCAGAAAGUGGUGACAGUUCCUCUAUUUCAUCCUCACUACCACAAACUAAAAUCGAGUUUUCAGAUUCAGUUCCUUUCACAACAUUCAAAGAGGAGAGUAAAAUGUCAAUAUCUGAAGGAACCACAUCUGACAAGUCAGGCACUCCAGUUGAUGAAGUUGUUGCUGAAGAUACAUUUUCUCAUAUUGCCUCAGCCUCAACAGCAUCACUUGCAACAAGCUCUUUACCAGAGCCUACAACGGACGAUGUCUCCCCAUCAUUACAUGCCGAAGUGGGUUCCCCUCACUCCACAGAGGUAGAUGACUCUCUGUCUGUGUCUGUGGUGCAAACUCCAACUACAAUGCAAGAAACAGAUGUUUCUCCAUCUAAGGAGGAAAGCCCUCGGCCUAUGUCAAUCUCUCCAGAUGUUUCACCAAAAACGGCCAAGUCACAGACACCUCAGCAGGAGACGAAGUCUCCUGAACAUUCUGCAAUGUCAGUGGAAUUUGGUCAGGAGUCCCCAGAUCAUUCUUUUGCAUUGGACUUCAGUAAGCAAUCCCCAGAACACCCAGCUGCAAUGGGACCCCAGCAUGCUGUCACUGAAAAUGGCCCAACAGAGGUUGACUACAGUCCCUCAGAUGGAGCUGAUUUCAGAUCAGGAGAACCACGCAGACCAGGAGAGGAUGGUGAGAAGCCCAUGCUUUUCAAAGAGUCUGACAGCACCCAAGCUGCUUCUGCUUCUCCAUCCGAUGCUUCUCAGUCCACCCCAUCUGUUACAACACCUACACAAAUUGGUGGGCCCAGGGAAAUGUCUCCAAAUGCUGGUCCUUGUUCAGAAUCUGUCACUCCAAAAAUAUCUCCCCACAAUCAAUCACCUGUGUCCCCAGACUCAUCUCUAAUACUGGGGGGUCCCAGUGCCUCAGAUUACAAAGGUAAAACAAGUCCCACCUUAAUUUCUAGUGACAAUAGUACUUUUAAGACCGAGGAGAUCAGAUCCAGUGAGGUCAACACCCUUCCAAAAGCUGCUUCCCCUUUAUCCCCCACAGUGUCCUCUUAUUCUUGUGUCCCACAGAAGACUGAUGCACUUAAUCUUGGAGAAGGGACUGUAAUCUAUACAUCCGAGUCUAAAUCACCCAUCAGUCCCAAAAUGCCAUCUCCGUCUCCUAAGCUAACAGAAUCUCAGUUUUCUAGCAGCUCCGCUUAUGUUGAAGAAGUGGCUCAGAAGUGUGAUGGCGGCUCAAGAAGUCCAGAUGGCUCCAAAGUAAGUGUCUCUCCUCAGUCACGAUCAAAUGUUGACCUAUGUUUGGUGACCUCUUGUGAAUACAGACAUCCAAAGACAGAGCUUUCACCUUCGUUCAUAAACCCCAACCCUCUUGAGUACUUCAUGAAUGAGGAGAAUCCUCUACAGGAGGAAAAGCCACUCACUAAGUCUGGUGGAGGGCCACCCCCAACUGGAGGGAAGCAGCAAAGUAAGCAAUGUGAGGAAACUCCGCCAACUUCUGUUAGUGAAUCAGUACCCUCUCAAACAGAUUCUGAUGUUCCUCCUGGAACUGAAGAGUGCCCUUCCAUAACUGCAGAUGCAAACAUUGACUCAGAAGAUGAUUCAGAAACUCUACCAACAGACAGGACCCUCACUUAUCGCCAUGCAGAUCCACCUCCAGUUGCAUCAAGGGAUUCUGCUCCUGCGCCACCUUAUCCUGAUGUCUGCAUGGUGGAUCCAGAGGCCCUUAAGGCUGGGGAGGACAACCAACCAAAAGAGUCUAAAAAAGGGGAGGGAGAGAAGCCUAAACCUAAAUCUUCUUCACCAGCUAAAAAGAAUGUUCUGUCUAAAACAAAUGCAGUCAAGGAGUCAAAAACAGCAUCUCCAAAGAAGAGCACAGUGGAGAAAGAUGCCAAAAAUGCAACUAACACCUCUGCAUCAAGGAGUGUGAAAACUACAGGAAGCAGCAAGGCCAACAGUGGACUGUCCGUACCAAACUGCCCUCCAAUGUACAUGGACUUAGUUUAUAUCCCUAAUCACUGCAGUGCCAAAAAUGUGGAUGCAGAGUUCUUCAAGCGAAUUCGAUCCUCAUACUAUGUGGUCAGUGGCAAUGAUCAGACAGCACAGGAGCCCAGCAAGUUGGUCCUAGAUGCUCUGUUAGAGGGGAAGGCACAGUGGGACAGUAACAUGCAGGUGACGCUUAUUCCAACCCACGAUUCUGAUGUUAUGAGGGAGUGGUAUCAGGAGACCCAUGAGAAACAGCAAAACUUGAAUAUCAUGGUUUUAGCCAGCAGCAGCACUGUGGUUAUGCAAGAUGAAUCUUUCCCUGCAUGUAAAAUUGAGCUCUGAAAACAAAAUGAGCCCCGGCGAUCAGUGAAUCGUUCUGAUAGUCAAAAACUGUAAAAUGCUAUGAACAUGGAACAUGGCUGAGCAAAACCAAGGUAAAUGCUUUGGUCUUUACUAAGGAAAAUGCUAUGCUUAUUAAUAUGCUACAAAUUUCCCCACAUCUAAUUUUCAAACAAAUCAGCAGUUCUUCAAAGCCCACCUACGUAUUUUUGUUUAUAGCAAUAUAUAAAUAGCAAAUAGUCAAGCAGCAUAUACAUGUCUGUAGCAAAUUCGGACCAGUGUAGGGAUUCAGCUCUAAAUUGGACAUCUACUGCCAACAAACAGCAUUUAAAAGCAGCUGAUAAAAUAAAACAGCAUACAAUUAAAAAGCCACGUUAGAAAUAAUAUAUACACCAAAGUAUGAAGGAUUAUUUAAAAAAUGCCUUAGAAUGUUAAUUGAAUGUACAACACAUGUGAUGCACUUAUUAUGUUGAUAAUUAGCAGGUGUGUGUGUUUUAUGAUCACAAACACAACAGUGAAGACACAAUGCAGAAUGCAUCCAACGUUGAGAAGACACAGCAAAGAUUUGCAUAACUUGCAAACCACAAAAAAAAAAGAAAGGCUUUAGCCUUAAGGUUCAGUCUUUAUCAGUGAUACUUAACCAGCUUCAAACUUCACUUGAGAUGCAUUUAAAAGUAAUUUCACAUGUUUUGUUGUGAAUUAACCAGUACGAAUUAAUUGACCUGUAUGUCUGCUUCAGUAAUUCAAGACCAUGUGCAAGGAUGGGGCAGUAUAUAUUUAAUGUCCAUUAUAAUAAUAAUUAUUAUUAUUAUUAAUGUUAUAUUUGGAAUUACUCUCAAACCAAGACUGUCAUUUUGCACUAUUUAUUAUUUGCACUUUUGUGUGUGUAAUCCUUUUGAUGGACUAGAUUUUGUUCUUUCCAUGCAAAUGUUCUUAGAAUAACGAAUUCAUUUAUAUUAAGAUGGGUUAGUUCGACAUUCCUCUGUAGUUAACUCUAGGAUCGCUCAAGAUAAUUUUAUUUUGCUUUUAAACAAAAGUCAAGCGGUAGAAAGAGAUCUUUUCAACUGACGUUCCAGCCUAAAGUGCUAUAAGUGUUAUGUUCUGUAUGCAGUUUGUUUCACCUACAGUUUUUUUUUGUCUUUUGCUGCUCUUAUUUAUCUGCACACGUUUCAGAAUUGAGGUUUCCUGAACUUUCUUUGAGAUGAUUUCUGACCCUUAAUGAAGCUUUUUCUCUAGGUUUUGCUGUUACAGACUCAUAACAGGGUGAAUGAUUUAAUAUUUGCAUGGGUAAUGUAAUAUACUGAGCAGUUCUUUGCUUUUUUAAUGAGAGGGAAACUUACUUUUAACUGCCAACAACUCACUACAAUGUUAGUUUUGAAUAGUAUAUAAAACAAGAGGUCUUUUAGUGUAUAGUUCAUUCAUUUCUGUCCACAAACACUGCAAACCAUCUCACAGAAUAGCCUGCUGAAUUUAAUGCUACUGCAUAUACACUGAGCAAAAUAGCAUUGUUUAAACAGCCUUGUGGGACAAAGUAUGUCAGGCACUACAAAACUGGAUUGAGUGAUUCUGUCAUUUUAAGAAUAUAUUUUUGCGAUCAUUGCUAAUAGACAGAGAACUUUAAAGCAAGUCUUUGUAAUAGAAGUACUAAGCAUCAUGAUCUUUAUGAGCUCAAUUUGUGUUAAAUGGCCUCACCAGUUUUCCAGUUGACCACCAAGCAAUGCACAGUUUUCUUUUCCACUUUGCUUACUUUUGCCAGUAAUUGUGUUGUGGUAUAUUUUAUUCAACGGGCACAUUUGAACUGAAGUAAAUUCAAUGGGAUUUGCCUCACAGUGGCUAGAUUAUGAGAGCAAAUUGAGACACUACAAAAAACGACACUACAAAGCUUUUAAUAGCACUCAGAGACAUCAAAAACAUCACGAAAAUCAACUGUGUACUGGAUUGAGGCUUUGAUCUAAGCCUCAUAACACUUUUCUCUUGUUCUUCUCUGAAAAUGCACUAAUUAUACUCCAUUGCCUAGCAACACUGAUUGAAGUAACACCAAUUUGUCAGAGUUUCCAUGACAACCACAGAUGUAUAGCAAGAGGGAUCUUCAACAACAUGCAUGAAAAAGCAACACUGUUUUUCAAGCUCAGAUCAACCUAAUAACAAACUCCGACACUCAUUACAGUUAAACCGGAUCAUGACACACACACGAACUCUGUCGCUCUCGCUCUCUCUCUCUCUCUCUUUCUCUUCUAUCACACACACACACACCAAUAGUUCUUAUCUUUCUCUAACACUUACUCUUUUACUCUUGCCUCAAACACCCCAGCCCCACUAUACGACCCCCCCACCCCAACUCUGCGAUAAUAUUAGUAUGUCUGCAGCUCUGUUUGAAGUAUAUAUCUUGUGAACUUGCAUCUUCCCUCUUUACUUUCCCCAAACCCAUAUCUAACGUAGAGGAUUAGUCUCAAGUGAAAGUAUUACCUUGUGCUUUUUCUGAUGUUUGUGUGCGAUAUCUCCUCCUGCUCGCUCUAGAGCAUUCAAUGUAAAGGGAAACACUAUUAAAAAAAAAAAAAGGAAAGAAAGAAAGCAAAACUUGAAAACCAUCCACAAUAAACGAUU